GUCUCAUUUAACUUCAAGUAGUAGAGUACUUAUUUUCAACAAGGGUUGAAUGUAUGGUAUAAACAUUCUUCUUAUAGUCAUUAAGCGAAAAGUACAGUGAAUGCAAAAAAUAUUGAUUUUAUAUAACAAGUUUAUUUAAACCGUUUAUUCUUCUUGGGUAUAGUUCACAAAAUAUUCGAUUAAGCAUGCCGUCUGUUGACACCGCAAACGAAGGGAUUGCCCCUCAAGUACCCAAGACCGAAUUGGAAGAAUUACAAAUUAAAGCAAACAGCGUUGCAGAUGAGUCACUUGAGAGUACACGUCGAAUGCUUGCGCUCUGUGAGGAGAGCAAAGAAGCCGGAAUUCGCACGCUAGUAGCAUUGGACGACCAAGGAGAACAAUUGGACAGGAUUGAAGAAGGAAUGGACCAAAUUAACGCAGAUAUGAGAGAAGCAGAAAAAAAUUUGAGUGGAAUGGAAAAAUGUUGCGGUAUUUGUGUUCUUCCCUGCAAUAAGAGCCAAUCAUUUAAAGAAGAUGAUGGUACAUGGAAAGGCAAUGAUGAUGGAAAGGUUGUAAACAAUCAACCACAAAGGGUUAUGGACGAUAGAAAUGGAAUGAUGGCACAAGCAGGAUAUAUAGGAAGAAUUACAAAUGAUGCUCGUGAGGAUGAGAUGGAAGAAAAUGUUGGUCAAGUGAACACGAUGAUCGGAAAUCUUCGGAAUAUGGCAUUAGAUAUGGGUUCUGAGUUAGAAAACCAAAAUAGACAAAUUGAUCGAAUAAAUCGAAAGGGGGAGUCAAACGAAGCGAGAAUAGCAGUAGCGAACCAGAGAGCUCAUCAAUUGUUAAAAUAAAUAUUUUUCGCUCAAUUAUUUUUAGAUACUUUAACAUGUAACAAGUAUAUACUUAUUAUAUGUAUAUAUGUGCAGAUGUUAUGCUAAAAAAUAAUGAACAAAUAUUAAAAUUUUGUCCAUCCUCUUAUAAAUUAAGUUCUUUGUCUCUAGAAAUAAGUUACUAUAUGACCUAAAUUUUGCGCAUCAGGAUGUUAAAAUUACUCAUAUAAUAAGUUUAUCGUGUAAUGUUACGUAAAUAAUUAAUAAAUUAUAACUCUAAAAAUUUA